AUGAAGGAGAGGCUGUCUAACGAUCAGACGUGGUGUACGCCAAUACCGCACGACAGGAAGGUGUCGACGGUGCGGGAUUUUUAUCAGGCGUUCCACGAUGCGAGCACGUUGCCGAUACGGACCUGCAUGACAGCUACCGCAAGCGGACUCACGCUGGUCGAAGAGAAGCUCGUCUCGCUCAACUCCUGCUAUGGGCACGUCAAGGGCCACAUCACAGUGUUUCCCAACAACGUGCAGGAGCUGGCGACCAAGGUGCUCCGCACCCCUUUGCAAGCACUGGACGAGAUCCACGUUUCGUGGCAGGGCGUGGAGAAGCCGGCACCGAGCGACCUGUCGAGUCUCUUAGGAGCAACCCCACUACGCCGAGAUCGAGAUCGACGUGGCGGAGAUGGAGAGUUGGGAGACCCGAUAGACGGGGUGCCGGCCUUGGUGUAUGAUCGCAUGGAGCGGAACGAGCCGUCCGCAUGGGAGAAAACGCGGACGGCGCACGUUGUGCCGCCCACGGAGCGCGCCAUGGACGACGAGGGGUCGGUGGAGAUCGAGGAACUCUUCGCUCUGCUCAACCAAAGGCAGGAAACGGGAGGCGAGGCUGAAGGGCACGGGCCCAACGAAGAAGGCGCGGGUCGUGAUGGAGUUGGUGCUAGCCCCGAUCAGAACGUUCGACCAAUCAACGAGCUGCGGUUUGCCUGUGACGCUGUUGGCGCAGGUGCCGACGACGGCCGCGCGGGCCGAGAACGUGGGUCGGAUCCUCGGUGGGGUCGAGGGCGUGGCGACGAUGGCAGUGAGCCAUACAUUCGAGUCUCGCGGGGGGAUGAGUUUGCCGACUCCUUUGAGACGUCCUUCUUCGCCAGAACGUUCCCGACCCUGUUCCCAUUUGGCGUUGGGGGACCAAGGCUGGCCGAAGAGGCCAUAGCCGAGGCGGGGAAGGCCUUUCCAACUUGCGAGGCGCCGGGAGAGCUGCUGAGGGAGGGGCGGCAGCGGAGACAUCGUAUCCUCCCGAAGCUUGAACCUCCGGAUUUGGGCCGACAUCGUGCUCCGGCGCCAUGGUGGCCGUCGCUCAUCGUUGGCUACGGCGUUCCGGCCAUCUGGUUCACCAUCAACCCAAACGACAUUACGAACCCGGUGAAGCUGCGACUGGCGGCAUAUCGGACACGCGAUCCCGGCGCGGCCGAGGAGUUCCUAGAAGGCCUUGGGAGUGCGUACAAGCGGACAAGGCUGGCCAUGUCCGAUCCGAUGAGCGCCGCCGUAUUCUUCCACCGGGAGAUGAAGCUGUUCUUCGAUCAUUACGUGAAGGUCGGAGAAGACUCGAUGCUUGCCGACAUCCACGGGGAGGAUCAGGCGGCGUAUCGCGAGCGAAUCAUACGAUACGUCGAUAGUGUCUUCUCCGAGGAUCUGGAUCAGGAAGGGUUCUGCGCCGUGCAAGCGGAGCGAUCUGUGACGUCCGAUAUUUCCUCCCUGCUGGACAACACCGAGCAGUUUUCGGCCGCAUUUGACGAGGAGGCCAACUUCUGUGCCGGCGCUACACAGAUCCGGAGGACUCACAGCAUGGUCAAUCGAUGGAACAAGGCUAUCGCUGUUGGGCUCCGGCACAACCACGACAUUUCCUUCAUUGCGACGCAGCGCAAGACCAUGGCCCUUAUGUAUUAUGUCACGAACUACGCGACGAAGGUGGAGGACCCGGUGUGGAAGCGUGUGGCGGCCGCGGCCGAUCUCCUGGCCGCCUCAACGGGUGACGGCACGGCCAACGGAGGACAGGACGACGGUGGAGGUGCUGUCGAGGUCGUCGCUCAUCUUCUUGGAUAUCCGGCCGAGUUCACCAACAGCAGCGCCUGGGCGUACCUGAACACAUCUCUGCUGUACUGGGAAGUCUUUCGACGGUGGCCGUAUCUCCGACGAGCAAGUGGCGCGGCGGCCAUAGAUGAUACUCUGGAUGAGUCGGUGCUCAGGCGGCCGGGCAAGCAUGCUACCGUCUGCCUCGAUGGCUACCUGAGCAAGGACUUCGGCCACAACGACGACGAGGAGUCGUGCCACCGGAGGGCAGCCGUGCAGCAUCUUGCGCUAUUUGUGCCGUGGGAGUCCUUUCUGUGCGAAGAAACAGCCGAAGACGCAAAGCGCGACGCCAAGCAAUGGGCGGCCUCAUCCGGCGAUGGCGAUUCCACGGUCGCCCACGUCGAGGAGGGCGAGACAGGCGAGGCGGGCGCAGAAUUUGCAGCGACGUAUCGGUCCAACAACAUCGGAGACGCAACGCGCCUGAUCGACGUCGUCCGAGGCGCAGUGGGCACGAAUCAGGUGACGGCCAAGUCGCCGGAGCUCAUGGCAAUGAUGCGGCAGCUCUGUCGAUUCCAGCAAUCGGCGCUCUGCUCAACGGCCGAGCUCGAGGCCAUCGCGAUUCCCGAACAAGGGUUGAGGUGCAUAAGCAUGCCAGGGCGGGUAUUUUCCGGGGCCGCACUACCGCCGCAGGAUCAGGUCAAGGCUAUCAAGUCGCAGCAGAUAACCAAGGACCUUGACGGGGUGCGGCUGACAAAACGGGCGGAGCGGUUCAUCCACGGCCAGUCUCGGAUGGACUGGCAGGAGAAGGACGUGCUUGUCAUCGACGAGAUUUCGGGGAUCCCCAUCGUCCUCUUCUGCGGAGACUUUCAGCAGUUCCGGCCGGUCCAAGAGAGGUCGAUCGUCCUGCCGAGCGCGGCCAUCUCGUGGGACGUAGACAACUCGUUCAAGGCCGAGCAGCGGCACCAGCACGACAAAGCGCACGCGCUGUGGAAGAGAUUCACGACGGUCGUCAUGUUGAACGAGCAAAUGCGCGCCGCCGGUGAUCCGGAAUUGCAGGGGCUGCUGAAGCGGAUCCGGCAGGGUGUGCAGGACCGCACGGAUCUGGACCUCCUCAACUCAAGGUGCUACCGCGAGGGCAGGCGGAUCCCUUGGGAGACUGGCAUCACCGUGGUGACGCCGCUGAACAGGAAUCGGUGGAACCUAAACAUGGAGGCAAGCUUGGCGUUCCGGGUCCAGCAGCGGUCGACGAUGCGCAUCUUCAUCUCCGAGCACAAGUGGAAGGAGGGCCUGCCGACCGAGGAAGAAGCGAUCAUGGUACUCAAUCAAGGCGACGAUAGCGCGAUCCCCGUGCCGGCCGUCUUCAUGUUCGUGGCCGGGAUGCCGGUCGUCGUGAACCACAACACCCAUCAGGGGCUGAAGCUGGUGAACGGCGCCGGCUACUCGGCGGUGGAGGUCAUUGUCGACAAGGCGUCCCCAGGGCAUCGAAUCUCGUCCGACAUGACGAUCCACUUCGGCCGCCGGCGGGGAUAUUACUGGAAUCGGCGACGACAAAGGACCUCCACUUCGUCGGGAUGCCGCCGGGCACGAUCUUGUUAA